AUGCUCCCAAGACACGUCCUUAGGCGUUUGCCCCAAGCUGCGCAGGGGAAUAGGCUCCUCUGCGCCCGCGCGUCGUUCUCUCGCCGCUCGUUCGCUACCGCGGCGCCGCCCUCACCUAACGACCCCUUCGCAAAUGGCACCAAUGCGUACUAUGUAGAAGAGAUGUACAGGCACUGGAGGCAGGACCCCAAGUCUGUACACGUCUCCUGGGAUGUCUACUUCUCUGGCCUCGACAAUGGCCUUUCCAGCGCCCAGGCAUUUCAGCCUCCUCCCAACCUCGUCCCCGCCCCCGCCGACGGUGCACCUGCUCUGCAUGCCAGCGGUGGCGCAGAGCUUGACGACCAUUUGAAGGUUCAACUGCUCGUUCGCGCUUACCAAGUCCGAGGUCAUCACGUUGCAGACCUGGAUCCACUGGGUAUCCUUGACGCGGACCUCAAUGACCUUCAUCCGCCUGAGUUGGAGCUCAGCCGUUACGGCUUCACAGAACGCGACUUAGACAAGCAAAUUGCCCUUGGUCCCGGGAUUCUACCUCAUUUCGCUACCGAAGACCGCAAGACGAUGGCACUCGGCGAAAUUAUCAAGAUUUGUAAACGCAUGUAUUGCGGCGCCGUUGGAUACCAAUAUAUCCACAUCCCCGACAAGGAACAAUGUGACUGGAUUCGAGAACGUAUUGAGAUCCCCAAACCAUGGAACUACACUGUAGAGGAAAAACGAAUGGUCCUCGACCGCCUAAUUUGGUCCGAGUCAUUCGAGAAGUUCAUGGCGAGCAAAUACCCCAACGAGAAGCGAUUUGGUCUUGAGGGCUGCGAGGCUCUUAUUCCCGGCAUGAAGGCUCUCAUCGACCGCUCAGUGGAACAUGGUGUCAAGCAUGUCACUAUUGGAAUGCCUCAUCGCGGUCGUCUUAAUGUGCUUGCCAAUGUCAUUCGGAAACCCAUUGAGGCAAUCCUGAAUGAAUUUUCGGGAACCGCAGAUGAUGACGAUUUCCCAGCGGGAGACGUGAAAUAUCACUUGGGUGCCAACUAUGUACGCCCAACGCCCUCUGGAAAGAAGGUCUCUCUUUCGCUCGUCGCAAACCCUUCUCAUCUCGAGGCGGAGGAUCCCGUCGUUCUUGGCAAGACUCGUGGCCUGCAGCAUUUUGAACAGGAUGAAGCCGGCCACAAUACUGCUAUGGGCGUCUUACUCCACGGAGACGCUGCUUUUGCCGGCCAAGGUGUCGUGUACGAGACGAUGGGAUUCCACAACCUUCCCAACUACGGGACUGGCGGAACUAUCCACCUCAUUGUGAACAACCAGAUUGGCUUUACCACAGAUCCUCGCUUUGCUCGCUCAACGCCUUAUCCCUCUGAUUUAGCCAAGGCAAUAGAUGCCCCCAUCUUUCACGUGAACGGGGAUAAUGUUGAAGCUGUCAAUUUCGUUUGCCAGUUGGCUGCAGACUGGCGUGCCAAAUGGAAGAAGGACGUUGUCAUCGACAUCGUGUGUUACCGCCGCCACGGGCACAAUGAAACAGACCAACCUAGCUUCACUCAGCCUAGAAUGUACAAGGCUAUUGAGAAGCAGCCCACUCCUCUGACUCAGUAUUCCAAGUUCUUAGUCGAUCGCGGAACCUUCACGGAGAAGGAUAUCGAGGAACACAAGAAAUGGGUAUGGGGCAUGCUUGACAAGGCGGCUAGCGCAGCGAAAGACUAUGUUCCGACAAGCAAGGAAUGGCUGUCAGCGUCAUGGCAGGGCUUCCCUUCGCCUAAGCAGUUGGCCGAGGAAACAUUGCCUACGCGCGAUACCGGUUCGUCUGAAGAGGUACUAAAGCGCAUCGGGAAAGCUAUCUCCUCAUAUCCGGAUGGGUUCACCCCUCAUCGCAACCUAGCUCGCAUUCUUAAUACCCGAGGGAAGACUGUCGAGGAGGGUCGCAAUAUCGACUGGGCUACCGCGGAAGCUCUUGCGUUCGGGUCUCUCGCGCUGGAGAAAAUCCACGUACGUGUAUCGGGACAGGAUGUCGAACGUGGUACCUUCUCUCAACGUCACGCUGUCAUCCACGAUCAAGCAAAUGAGCAGCAAUAUGUUCCUCUAAACGAUUUGAGCUCCAAUCAAGCUCGCUUCGUCGUUUGCAACUCUUCACUUUCGGAAUUUGGCACUUUGGGAUUUGAGCUGGGGUAUUCGCUGGUAUCACCAGAUGCUCUGACGAUCUGGGAAGCUCAGUUCGGCGAUUUCGCUAACAAUGCCCAAUGUAUCAUCGACCAAUUUAUCGCGUCGGGCGAGAGGAAAUGGUUGCAACGUACUGGCCUUGUCAUGAGCUUGCCGCAUGGAUUUGACGGGCAGGGUCCGGAGCACUCUAGCGGUAGGAUAGAGCGCUUUUUGCAACUGUGUGAUGAUCACCCUCACAACUUCCCCACAACCGAGAAAAUUGAACGUCAGCAUCAAGACUGCAAUAUGCAAAUUGUGUACCCAACAACGCCAGCCAACUAUUUCCAUGUUCUUCGUCGUCAGAUACACCGUGAUUUCCGCAAGCCGUUAAUUAUCUUCUUCUCCAAGUCACUUCUGCGGCAUCCUAGGGCACGCUCAGACCUAUCUGAGAUGACUGAGGAGACUCAUUUCCAGCGAUACUUACCUGAUCCGCACCCAGAAGAACUUGUAGCUCCUGAACAAAUCAAACGUCAUAUUCUCUGUACCGGUCAAGUUUACCACACGCUCCUUCAAGAGCGGGAAGACAAGAAGAUCAACGACGUCGCUAUCAGUCGGUUAGAACAGAUCUCGCCAUUCCCCUAUGACCUCGAGGAGGGAUUGAACAAUGGCGCUUGGACAUACGUUGCGCCUCGUAUUUUGACGGCGGCUAACGAAACUGAGCAUCACAAAGGCAAAUACCCGCUAUACGCCGGACGUGACCCGACAUCUUCUGUCGCCACUGGCAGUAAGGCGCUCCACAAGAAGCAGAUUGAGAACUUCCUCGCUACUGCAUUUGCUACCUAG